UAUUCUGCUAAGCAACCGUGUUGGUCUUGACACAGUACAGUACUGUACUGUUCAGAUGUACAGAGGGCUCAUUUAAUAACAUACUACGAUUAGAUGCAAUGACAAAGUAUUAGUGCGAGUGUGUCAGGUGGCGUAGUCUGAUCGAGGGCCAACCUCAUCCGUAAGGAGACGAACGUUUCUCAUGCGGUGAUCAAGCAUAUGUUCAUUAUCGUAUUGGUCUCAUCACGUUGAUAUAUCGCGAAUCAUUGGUCCCAGCGAUCGUUGAUAGAUAUGGACGGGGAAGUUGCCGAAAGUGGUGAAGAUGUAAAAGUUGAUCUAGCAGGGAUUCAGGAACAAGAAAUAGAAGCGGACGAAGGAGAUGAAGAUGCAGCUUAUUUUGUGGACGAAACUGGGCAGUAUUACCGGAUCGAUUCCUCGACUGCUGCUCUUUUAGAGGGAAAUCAGAGCGAGCUUGAAGAAUCUAUUCAGCUUGCUGACGGUACGCAGGCGUCAAUUCUCAAGGGACUCGAUGAAAGUACAGCUACAGGCGCAAAUAAUAGUAAUGCCAGUGGCGAUAGUUCCGAAGAAGCCACGGCCGACGAUUCUCGAGAAGCUGGGAAUGAUGAUGACAUGAACUAUGUUUUGAUCAUGGAUCCAUCAAGCAAUAAGUCCGCGGCAACGUCGCGAUCACCCGUUCGCAGAAGCGCUCGAGCAGCCCGACCAUCAGUCAAAAAGCAGGAAUCUUCCAACUUGGGAGUUUAUGAUUUCGAUGAAGCCGAAGCGGAAGACGCGGUCCCUGGGAUGGAUGAUGCCGACGAUGUCGAAGACGGGGAAGAGGAAGAUUCCAAAGCACCGGUCAAAAUGGAUCGACGAUCGGCGCAAAAUGUUUCCCAGCAUCACACAUGCAACUUCUGUAGUUACACGACUUCUAAAAGGUUGGUCCUUCGUCAUUACAUUAUCGAACGAUACAUCCGAACGGAGUUCUUUCGAAGGUAUUUGUUGUCGCGCCAUCUGAAGACUCAUUGUCAGGAGCGCCCUCAUAAGUGCAGCGUUUGUGAACGUGGUUUCAAGACCCUUGCGUCGCUGCAGAAUCACGUCAACACCCACACUGGUACUAAACCGCACAAGUGCAGAUAUUGUGAAGCUGCGUUUACAACAAGUGGAGAGCUCAUAAGACACAUACGCUAUCGGCAUACCCUUGAAAAGCCUCAUCAAUGUACCGAAUGUGAUUAUUCCUCCGUGGAAUUGUCGAAGCUAAAGCGUCACAUGAGAGCUCACACUGGGGAGCGACCGUAUCAGGUUAUUUACUAUUUUACCGUCCAACAAAUUUUAAACUUGGAUUUGAUGUCCGGAAACAAGCCGUUGUACAAGUGUGAAUUGUGCCCAGCAUCGUGUGGGCGAAAAACUGAUUUGAGAAUUCAUGUACAAAAGCUUCACAUGGCUGACCGGCCGUUAAAAUGCAAGCGUUGCGGGAAAACUUUCCCAGAUCGCUAUUCGUUCAAGCAACAUUCGAAAACUCACGAAGGAGAGAAGUGUUUCAAAUGUGACUUGUGCAAUUACGCUUCUGUGAGCCAACGGCAUCUGGAAUCUCACAUGUUGAUCCAUACUAACCAAAAGCCGUAUCAGUGCGAGCUUUGCCAACAGAAUUUCCGGCAAAAGCAGCUGUUGAAGCGGCACUUGAACUUGUACCACAACCCGCACUACGUGCCACCUGCACCGAAGGACAAAACGCACGAGUGUCCCGAGUGUCAGCGGUCUUUCCGUCAUAAAGGCAACCUCAUCCGUCACAUGGCGUCUCACGAUCCCGACUCGUCGAGUCAGUUGAAGAGUCAAACCUUGAAGUUGGGACGCUCCAGAAAAUUUGGACUGAGUGGGGAAGAAGAUAUGAAACCAAAUCUCUCUCGGAUUAAAGUGGAGAACAAUGGAGAUAUGCUUGAAGUUGAAGGAAAGGAUGGUGAACGUUUCGUUGUGCUCGAAGUUAUCCAAAUGGACGAUGAUCAGCUUGGUGGGCCAGCUGUGCGCGGCAAGCCUAAAAAAACUACCAUUUUUGAUGCGGAUGCGGACGACGAUGAAGACGACAUGGAUGGUGGAGUUGAACCGGAGUUCCGUGCAUCAGGUGUUCGUGGAGCGGUGAAAGAAGAAGUGGAGAUUGAAGAUGAGAAAGCAGACGUUAGCAACUGCUUUGGAUUUGAUGAAGAGGAGGACGAAGACGACGAGGAAGACGAUGAAGAUGAUAUGGGAGGAGACUAA